UUUUUUUUCAUUCUUGCUGGGCGCUUCUGCAGUGUUCUUCUCCGGCGUCGCGGCAGGGCCUCCGAAAGUUCUUGUUUGUCUUGGUAUUUCAUACUUGUUCCCUUCGCUGUUGCCGUGACGAGUCGUCAGCUCGACAAGACCGCGAGGGGGCGUUCCGAUCUGAAUCGUAUCACACAUAUUAUAAUUGGUUUCGCAUCGUAGUCUUUCGUCUUCUUCUUGGACACAUACGACCCACGCAUCCACAUCUUUCUCUGCAUACCUUACAGACUCAGUCGACUCGCACAGGACGUGUGAUAGGGCCCAUCCCUUAUCCCGCGUGGUUUAUCAUAGACUCGCAUUGGUGACAGACAUACACGAUAGCACACCCGCCAGCAUGU